AUGGUGAAGGAGACAGCGUUGACUCCCCUCAACUCUGAGCUGCUAUGUGGGGUCACCACCAAGCUGCUGCCUCCUCUAUCAACCGGGUACUGCAGCCAGAAGCCUUGGGAAACAGCUCCAGGGGCAACGGGUGACCGAGGCUCCAGGAAGCCACCAUCCUGCUGCCCAACCCACGCCUCCUCUCGUGCAGCUGUGUCCCCCAGAUGUGGCUCCUGCUGGCACUCCUGGUACUUCCUUUUCUGGGAGAAAAAGGUCAGCCUCCGAGAAAAUGGCCAGCAUAUCUGUGGCGGCAGCCUCAUCAGCUCCCAGUGGGUACUGACUGCUGCCCACUGUGUAACUAGCUCGGGGAGACCUCAGAACCUGAAGGUACAGCUGGGAGAGACUGUGCUGUAUGCUCAUGCCCCAGGCUCCAUCCUGGUGCCCAUCACACAAGUGGUCAGGCACCCCUCCUACAGUGGGGACGCGCUCGAGGGCAAGGACAUCGCCCUGCUGAAGAUGGCCCACCGUGUGUCGUUCUCCUCCUCCAUCCAGCCUGUGCCUCUGGCCUUGCCUGGAGCCUACAUCCCUGCGGGCACCCUCUGUUGGGUGGCCGGCUGGGGGGAUGUGAGGGAGAAUGUGGCCCUACCCAAACCACACAGGCUGCAGGAGGUGGAUGUGCAUGUCAUUGACACCCAGAGCUGCCAGCAACUCUAUGAGCCAGAGCCCAUCACCUCUGAGAUGCUGUGUGCUGGCUACUUCCAGGACAGGAAGGGCUUCUGUGAGGGUGACUCUGGAGGCCCCCUGGUCUGUCAGUUCAGGCAGGGCAGGUGGAUGCAGGUAGCCGUGGUGAGCUUCAGCCGGGGCUGUGCGGAGCCCAAUCUUCCAGGAGUCUACGCACGGGUGCCCGCCUACCAGCCCUGGAUCCAACGCCAAGUGUCCAGGCCCAAGUACCGCAGGCCUGUGUAUCCUCGCCGGCGCCGCAGGCGGGGCUGA